AUGCGAACUAAGCAAGUCAAGAAACACAAGAAACACAAGAAAAACAAACCCACCAAGCCCCCGAUCGCAAAAAAGCCCCCGAUCGUAAAGAAGCCCCCGAUCGUAAAAAAGCCCCCGAUCGUAAAAGAGCCCCCGAUCGUAAAAGAGCCCCCGAUCGUAAAAGAGCCCCCGAUCGUAAGAGAGUAUUACUCCAUCAUCCAACGAACCCAAGCCCUAACCCUCCACGCCUGUGGCACCACGGCCGCCAAGAUCGAAAACAUCACCGGCAUCAAAGAAAACACCUUCCAUACCAUGCUGCAGAGGGCAAAGUCGCGCGGCUACAGUCCCGGGGACCGGAUUAAGUACAAGCAUAUCCGGAAUCUUCGGCGUAAGCAGCCCAAGGCUGGCGAGGAAACGGAAGGGGAGGACAGCUGCACGACUCCUGAGGGGUGGGAGCCCGAGACGGAGGAGGAGGAGGUUUCGGGUGGAGAGGGAGAAGAGGUGGUGGGUGAAGGAGGGGAGGUUGGGGAUACAGCUGGGCUCUCUGGAGGAGAGGGGAUGGAUGGGGUGGAUGGGGUUAAGAAAGCGGAACUUUCUGAUUCGCAAGCUACAGAGGUUGGUAGUGGAAAUGAUUGA